AGAUAAUAUGUACGAAGAAGCAAGAAGCCGAUAUAUGUGAAUUUAAACUCAUCUAUCCUCACAAUAAAUUGUUGAUAUGAGAAUGGAUGAUACACGUGGUGUAGUAUGUUUAUGGGGAAGUCUCAAAAAUCAUCCACAAUGCCCUCAUGGGCCAACAUUACUAUUUGGUACAUAUGUUGGUGGGGAAUUGAAGAAAUUUUAUGCAUGCUCUGCUUGUCGUGAUAGAAAAUUAUGCAAAUUCUAUCUAGAGUAUGGGCAAGAAUUGACCAAAUCUCGCAAAAACGUAUGGGAGCAGGAAAAAAAAAAACUUAGCCAGCAUUAUCCCCAUCAAAAAUUGUAUAUUCGUUUCAAUGAAAUCAAAGCACAAUCCGUAACACAGAGAUGUUAUUGCCAUGAUUGCGAAAGAUUAAUUUUUAGUUCUGAAAAAGAUGAGCAUAUUGAUCAUGAUAUUACAGAGAAUUUAACAGAUCAUCAAUUGCAUCAUCCGACGGAGCUUCUAAAACCUCUAGAUAAUGCAAAGAAAGAAGCACAAUAUUUAUUUUCUAAGAAAUCAACAGAGGACAUAACAAAAAUGCUUUUAAAGCUUGGAGCUAAGCAGAUUCUUUGUAUUGGAACCCCAAGAAUACAUGAAUAUAUAACUGAACAUUAUGUAGAUAAAAUGUCUUCUCUUCUCUUAGACUUUGAUGGAAGAUUUCAUAACUUUUUUGGACCACUGGAUUAUUGUUGGUACAAUCUUUUCAAUCAUCACUUUUUUAACAAAGAUGCUGUUAAUGUGUUCAAAGAUUUUAUCACUCAAAAUGAAGGAAAAAAUACUUAUUUAAUAUGUGAUCCCCCAUUUGGGGGUCGUGUGGAAGCCAUAUCUUACACAAUAAAAACGAUAUUUGAUCUGCAUAAAAAAUUAAAUAACAAUAAUGUUUCUUUGAAGAUUAUGUUUAUAUUUCCAUAUUUUAUGGAAAAUAUUAUGAGAGAAAAGAGUAAUCCACCAUCAGUAACUGGUGGCUUAAAAGACUUGAUAAUGUCUGAUUAUAAAGUGGAUUAUGAUAAUCAUCCUUUGUUUGUGUCAGGUAAACAAGGUAGAAAAUAUGGCUCUCCAGUAAGAAUCUUCACAAAUAUAUCAUUAAAGUUACUAGAGCUUUCUAUGUCCGAUGGAUACAAAUUUUGUAAAGAUUGUGAAAAGUGGGUGUCUAGUGAAAACAAGCAUUGCAAGAAAUGCAAGGAAUGUACUUCCAAAGAUGGUCGUACUUAUAAGCACUGUAAAAUAUGUAAGCGAUGUGUAAAACCUACUUGGGAACAUUGCAAAACAUGUAACAGAUGUAUGUUAGAGAAACAUAUGUGUGGCCAAAUUCCAAAUAUUGUAGGAAAAUGUUUUAAAUGCAAUGAAUUAGGUCAUACUGAAAAAGCAUGUCUCAAUUUACUUUCUACUGAUUGUGAGAACAUACAUGAAACAGAUGUAAAGAAAGGUAAAAGAGUUGCGAAACGCAAAGCAGAAAAUGAAUUGAUGAAAUCUUCAGUUAAAAAGAAUAAAAUUAAACAUUCCAAAGAGAUAGUUAAACAAAAUGUUCUUAUUGAUAGAAAAAAAGUUUUAAAAUUAAAACAGAAUAAAAAGAAACUCUCAAGAAUAAAAAAUGACAAUGAAUAAGAUAAAGAAACUAAUGUAAAUUUGUAUUGUUUUUUGUAUUAUGCAUAUUAAAUAAUUUUUUUUCAG